UGGGACUACAUAAUACAUAUAGAGAUAACGAGCUACAUCAAUCCUUCUGCUUUUUAUAUGUAUGACCUUUGAAAGCUGUAAUUCUUAUAGUCUUGUUAAUUUUACACAAGCCUUGCCUUCUCUUAUCUACAACUCUAAAGCUCACCUCGUAAAUGUUUAGUACAGUAUAAGCUAUAUACUUGACAACUUUAAAUUAAUGAACUUCAUCCCACUAUGUCUUUGUAUGCUUUGCUGCACAAGUUUGCAAUUGAAAAAAAGGCGCCUAAAAUGUUUGAAUUCAACUGACACCAAAUGGAUAGUUGCUCGUAUGUUAGUAGCAAAAUAUUGAUUUAUACUUCGUGUUUUAUUAAAAAAAAAAAAAAAAAAAAAAAAGUUUCAUAUUGCAAUUCCAAUAAAACCAAUCAUCUCUAAUAAAUUCAAAUAAGUUCGAUUAGACCAUUAGAACAAGGGAGUAGCAAAAUCAGUCACAUUCCCGCCAAACCUAAAAAAAUGACCGUUAAGAAAAACCUCUUCAAACCCAUAACUUCCUUUACCUUCCUUUCUCCCCAAAAACGCCUCAAAUUUCAUCAAUUUCCCCCCAAACUCUCAUCCUCAAAACUCUGGUCCAAUCUCAAAUUUGGAUUUUCCCCAGAAAUCAAUUUUGAUGAUAGAGAACAAUACAAAUUAAAUCUAAACCACCCAAUUCUCCAGAAAGUAGAUUCAUGUUCCAAUCUUGCUCAAUUUCAUCAAACUCAAGCUCAGCUUAUCAUCUUAGGCCUCCUUAAUCACCCUCUCGCCGCAAGCCGGGCUGUGAAGAAGCUCUGUUUUCUUCCUUAUGGGUUAUACCAAGCUGUUUCGCUUCUGGAAAAGAUUGAUCAAGUUGAUGCUUUUAUGUGUAAUACCAUUAUUAGAGGUUUUUUGAAUCAGGGUUACCCAGAAAGUGGUCUUGCAUUUUAUUAUGAUUAUGUGAUUGGUGGGUGUGUUUUGCCAAAUCAUUUUACUUUUCCGCUGAUUAUUAGGGUUUGUGUUGAUGUUGGGGAGGGUGUAGAAGGAGAAAAGGCGCAUUGCCGGGUUUUGAAGUCUGGGUUUGGGUUGGAUUUGUUUGUUAGGAAUUCGUUGAUUAGAAUGUACUCGGUUUUUGGAAAGAUGUGGGAUGCAGAUAAGGUGUUUGAUGAAAGUUCUGAGUGUGAUAUUGUGACUUGGAAUACAAUGAUUGAUGGGUAUGUGAAGAAUGGGCAGGUGGGUCUUGCCCGCAAUCUGUUUGAUGAAAUGCCUGAGAGAGAUGUCUUUACUUGGAACUCAAUGCUUGCUGGGUAUGUUGGGGUGGGAGAUAUGGAGUCGGCAGUGGAGAUUUUUGGGGCAAUGCCUCACAGAGAUGUUGUUUCUUGGAAUUGUUUGAUUGACGGGUGCGCUAGAACGGGGGAUAUCUCGGCUGCUCGUGAAUGUUUCAAACGUAUGCCUGACCGUAAUGUGGUGACCUGGAAUUCCAUGUUGGCCCUUUGUGUGAGGUGUAAGGAGUAUGAUGAGUGUGUGACAUUGUUUGAUAGAAUGAUACAAGGAGAUGCUCAGCCUAAUGAGGCUACUCUUGUAAGUGUGCUAACAGCAUGUGGCUAUUUAUGUAAGCUGGAUUUGGGUAAGUGGGUCCAUCACUAUAUAGAAAGUAAUAGGAGGAUUAAACCUGAUAUUUUGCUUUCUACAGCUCUGUUGACUAUGUAUGCUAAGUGUGGGGAUAUGGACAUGGCUAAAGUUGUCUUUGAUGGUAUGCCAAAGAAGAGUGUCGUGUCGUGGAACUCGAUGAUUAUGGGCUAUGGCUCGCAUGGUCUUGUAGACAAAGCCCUUGAAAUGUUUCAAGAGCUGGAGAAUAGUAAGCAAAUACCUAAUGAUGCCACUUUUGUAUGUGUUUUAGCCGCCUGUGCCCAUUCAGGCAAGGUCUUGGAGGGCUGGUGGUAUUUUGAUAUCAUGAAUAGAGUUUACAAGAUUGAGCCGAAGGUUGAGCACUAUGGUUGCAUGGUUGAUCUUCUUGGGAGGGCUGGUCUGCUCAAAGACACAGAAGACCUCGUGAGGGAUAUGCAUGUGAAGGGAGGACCUGCUUUAUGGGGAGCCUUACUCUCAUCUUGUCAUACCCAUUCGAAUAUACAGCUUGGGGAGUUUGUUGGGAAGUGGCUGGUUGAGCAAGAACCUGAAGACAUUGGGGCUUAUCUGUUAUUAUCAAACAUAUAUGCUUCCCAAGGGCGAUGGGAAGAUGUCGAUACAGUGAGGAGACUUAUAAAGGAGAAAGGUUUGCACAAAGAAGCAGGGUACAGCAAGACCUAUUUUGGACUGGGCGAACUAGAUUACUCUAAAAAAGACGGAUCCCUUCAUAGAAGAACUAUGAUUCAUUCAAUGUUGAGACAAAUGAGUUCUCAAGUGAAGCUGUCUGGAAUUAGCACGGCAGACUUGUGUAAUACAGACUCUAAUGCUGAAACCAAAGAGUGAAGGGACCAUGAUGGUGUCAAGGCAUUGGCAAAGAACUCCUUGGAACAGGUACUUUUGUGGGGAAGCAGUCCUAAAGAAAAUUGAUAGUAGACUUGUUAUAUUCGUUCUUUGUGCAAACCUUUCUCCUGAUAAUGUUGGCUCACAUAGACAAUAGACUUGAAAUUGCAUAUGAUUCAGAUAUCGGAUUAUUAUAGACUUGUUUCUUCAAAAAUAUUUUGCUUUAAUAAUCAUGAUGCAAUUCACCCCACCUAUGUAAAAUAUGUAUUAGUGGAAGUAUUGUCAACUAUAUUGAAAUAAUAUAACAUAGCUUUCAACACUUUUA